AAAGCAUUGGAACGAGAAUUUAUGGUACGAGUGUAUCGGUACGGCGUGAAAGAUUCUGAUGGGAAUGCGUUGAGACGUGAAACGUGGCCGUAUCUUUUGGGUCUGUUGAGUUGGACUGAGAACAUCAACGAUAAAUACACAGAAUUUGUGAACAAUUAUAAUACGGCCGUUGAAGAAUGGAAAAAAAUUGAAAAAAUUGUUAAAAUUCGUGAUCAUGAAGCAUUCACAGCAGCACGAUUACGACACAGCUCGUAUAAUGGUGAUUUGAGUGUACCGAUGCGAGACUCAUCAAUGAAUAAUGAUGUUUUUGAAGAGAUCGACGAAAUGUCGAAUCAUUCGUGCGAUGAAAAUCACCCACAUCAUCGUCUUACUGAGAAAGAUAAAGAGGUGCUUUUCAACGAGCGAUGA